CGGCGAGUCGUCUUCACGAAAGGACGUGGAGAACAUCGCUGUAAAGUCGCGUGUGGUGAUGCUUUUUUUUUAAUAUUAUUACGAUUUAAAGCUUCAGUAUUCCCCCGGUGCCAUCCAAACCCACAAAGCCAGUAUUUUAGUGUGAAUGCGAAAGUUCUAAUUUCGACAUAAAGUAGUUAAAAUAAAUAAACACUGUGUAUGUGCUACCAGAAAAAUAAACGAAGUGUGCAGUGUUACAAACACCCGUCAUGGAUAUCACUAAAGAAUACUACAAUCCGAAUCCCCGAGAGAAAGCGAAUUUUCUCUCGGUGAUGUUUUUCACUUACACCAUUGACAUGUUCAAGAAAGGCUACAGUAAAACCCUUGACGUUGAUGACCUCUACAGCCCCAUCGAAAGUGACAGAAGUACGCUAUUGGGCGAUAGACUCGAGAGCAAAUGGAACAAGCACAUGGACAGCAUAAAAAAAUCGAAGAAAAAGCGUCAACCGAGUUUGCUCAAGGUGCUCGUGGCCACCUUCUGGCCCGAGUACCUCCUUCUAGGUGUAAUUUUAGUCAUAAUGGAUUUAUGCGUGAGAUUAAGUCAGCCUAUCAUGUUGGGGAGACUCCUGGACCAUUUCAAACCCAACAGCGAUGUUGAUAAGAAUGCAGCUCUGUGGUACGCCGGAGGUAUUGUGGCAUUAAAUGCCAUGAGUGCGUUACUCAUUAAUCAGUACAUCAUGAGGGCAUUCCAUUACGGGAUGAAGGUUCGAGCGGCUUGUUGCGCUCUUAUUUACAGAAAGGCCCUCCGCCUGAGCAAAACGGCCUUAGCCGACACCGCUUCCGGCAAAGUAGUAAAUCUCCUCUCGAACGACGUAAGCCGCUUCGACAUCGUUUCCGUCGUGAUCCACCACAUGUGGGUAGCACCAACAUCAGCUAUAAUCGUAGCUUACCUUCUUUAUGACGCAGCUGGUUACGCUGGCCUCAUCGGAAUAGCCCCAGUCUUCCUCGUAGUACCUUUACAAAGUUACACCGGCAAACUUUCCGCGAUUUACCGAAAGAAAACGGCACAAAAAACCGACGAAAGGGUCCGACUUAUGGACGAAAUCAUCUCCGGAGUCCAAGUGAUCAAAAUGUACGCUUGGGAAAUCCCCUUCGCCAAACUUAUCCGAAUUGCGCGCAAGGCUGAACUAAGAAUUGUGAUGAAAUCGUCUUAUGUGCGAGGCCUUUACAUGACUUUUAAUUUAUUUACGACCCGAGCGGCCCUUUUUUGUACUUUAUUGUGUUUGGCCUUAACCAAUGACGAUAUAACUGCAUCUCGAGUUUUCGUUUUUAUGUCAUAUUACAACAUUUUGGCCCAAACUAUGUCAAGUAUGUUUGUGCGAGGAAUUUCAGAAGUGGCCGAAGCCCUUGUUGCCAUCAAACGUCUCCAAAGUUUCAUGACAAACGAGGAGUUCGUCAAAGUCAAACAUCUCGAAGACAGAAACGAUAACAAAAUCAACUCUGAUAAGACUCGACUCGCUUUGCGUAACGUUUGUACCAAAUGGAACGUUUCCUCUUCUGAUAACACCCUGUCCAACAUCAAUAUCAGCAUAAAUCAGGGAAAAUUAUUAGCAGUCAUUGGCCCCGUCGGUAGCGGCAAAAGCUCACUACUUCAGACAAUCUUAGGCGAGUUGGAAGUCACCUCAGGUGAUCUACAUAUCAACGGAUCAAUUUCCUACGCGUCGCAAGACCCCUGGGUCUUUGCCGCGACUGUACGACAAAAUAUCACUUUCGGUCUAGAAUUUAACAAGAAGAGAUACAACGAAGUCGUGCAUGCUUGUGCUUUGGAAAAAGACUUCAAGCAGUUUCCCGAUGGCGAUUUGACCAUUGUCGGAGAUCGAGGAGCUUCGUUGAGUGGCGGACAGAAAGCGAGGAUUAAUUUGGCACGUGCUGUUUAUCGAGAUGCUGACAUUUACUUACUCGACGAUCCUUUAUCGGCUGUUGAUAUCCAUGUAUCUAAGCAUCUUUACGAUCAAUGCAUCAAUGGUUAUUUGGCGAACAAGAUGAGGAUACUUGUCACUCAUCAAGUUCAUCAUUUGAAAAAUGCAGACGAAAUUAUUAUCCUAAAUAAUGGCGCCAUCGAGAACAAAGGAACCUUUGAAAAUCUAGCCAACAGUGACACCAUAUACGCUAGACUGCUGACAACAGAACCAGAACACACGGCAGAAGAAAAACAAAAGAUGUUCGAAGCGGCUAAACUGACUCGCCAAAUCUCGAUUCGAAGCAGAACCUCAUCUCUGGCCAGUGCUGUCAGCGACCUAAGCAUUCCCGAAAGUAUCCUCCAGGAAGAACCUGAAAUCAAACUCAAGAGUUUACAAGAAGAAUCCUCGAAAGGCAAAGUCCACGGUUCCCUCUUCUUUAAGUAUUUAUUGGCCGGAGGGAACUUCUGUUUCGUCUCCGUUGUCUUGAUUCUAUACGUUUUGGCUCAAGCAGCUGCCAGUGGAGUCGACUUUUUCGUUAGUUUUUGGGUCAAUAUCGAAGAAGCGAGGAAUAGUACAAGUAACACAACUGCGAUUGGGGAAGUCCCGGACUGGUCAACAGAAUUUUGUCUCUAUAUCUAUGGUGGAUUCAUAGCAGCUGUUUUUAUUAUAGCUUUUACUAGAUCUAUGCUGUUCUAUAAGUUGGCAAUGCUGAGUUCACAGAAAUUACACGACACUCUAUUCGAUUGUGUCAUAAACGCCUCAAUGAGAUUUUUUGACGUUAAUCCCAGUGGCCGAAUUCUGAACCGAUUUUCCAAGGACAUAGGGGCCAUAGACGAGCUUUUGCCAAAAGCGAUACUCGAUGCGGGACAGAUUAUCCUAAACAUGGCCGGUGCCUUAAUUUUAGUAGCUAUAGUAAAUCCGUAUUUUUUGAUAAUAGUUGCCAUCACUGGAAUUUUCUUCAUGUUAUUAAGAGUAGUAUUUCUGAGAUCAUCGAAAAAUAUUAAACGACUCGAAGGAAUGAUGAGAAGUCCUGUAUUCACUCACUUGAACGCAACCCUGAAUGGCUUGACCACAAUUCGGGCCUUCCAAGCCGAAAACAUUCUCCGAAACGAAUUCGACAAACACCAAGACUACCACACGAGUGCUUGGUUUAUGUAUAUUGCCGCAAGUUCGGCUUUCGGCUUCUAUUUGGACUUUCUUUGUUUCAUUUUUGUCGCUUUGGUCACUUUCAGUUUCCUCACGUUUGGCGACAGUUUUGGACUAAAAGGAGGUGAAGUGGGCCUGGCCAUAACCCAAUCAGCUGCUCUCACAGGUUUAGUCCAAUGGGGGAUGCGUCAAUCAGCCGAAGUCGCAAACCAAUUAAUGUCAGUGGAACGAGUCAUGGAGUAUAAGGACUUACCCAAAGAAAAACAACCCCAACAACCGAAAACACCCCCGAAAUCAUGGCCGGCUCACGGCAAAAUCACCUUCACUGACAUGGGAUUGAAAUAUGACGAAAAGGCACCCCUGGUGCUCAAAGAUCUCAACAUUACAAUUAAUCCCAAAGAAAAAGUUGGGAUUGUUGGGCGAACCGGUGCGGGUAAAUCGUCCCUAAUUUCGGCUCUGUUUCGCCUUGCUAACGUCAUCGGGGAGAUUGAUAUUGACGAUAUCGACACGAAACAUUUGCAACUGCAGGUUUUGAGGUCCAAAAUUUCCAUAAUUCCCCAAGAUCCGGUCCUGUUUUCGGGGACUUUAAGGUACAACCUCGAUCCGUUUGAGGAUUACCCUGACGAGGUCCUGUACAAAGCCUUAAAUGAGGUGGAGUUGAAAGAUCCUGCGAAUAUUAUUAAUAGAUUGGAGAAUAGGGUCAUGGAUCGGGGAUCGAAUUAUAGUGUCGGACAGAGGCAGCUGAUAUGUCUUGCAAGAGCUAUAAUCAGGAAUAAUAAAAUUUUGAUGCUGGACGAGGCCACCGCCAAUGUUGAUCCACAAACUGAUGCACUUAUCCAAAAAACAAUCAGGGAAAAGUUCGCCGAUUGCACAGUUUUGACUGUAGCCCAUCGUCUCAAUACCAUCAUGGAUUCUGAUAAGGUUCUAGUGAUGGAGAGUGGUACUAUGGUCGAGUUUGACCACCCCCAUGUCCUCCUCCAGAACUCUUCAAGCAAAUUUAGCAAGAUGGUGGCAGAAACCGGGAGAUCAAUGUCCGAACAACUCCGGAAGGUUGCGAGGAGUAGUUACCUGAAGAAACACUCCGUCCCUGAAUGAUCUGUUUCCGUGACUUAAACGCAUUUUUAAUUAUGUAUAACGAAAAUAGCUGGUAUUUUUAUAUUUUCUUUAGGACCUCUUGGUGUCACACUAUUAUUAUUAGUGUGUUAUUUAGUAUUUCUUUGUGUUCCUGUUUAGAAUUGUUUUACUUAAGGCCCAACUGAUAUUUUCAUCUUUAGUUACUUAAUGUUUUAUUUUUAAUUACUUAAGUUAGGGUAAGUAAAAGGCUGUGUUUCUUGCCUUGUGUACACCAAAGCGGCUGAAAAUCGGUGCCAAACGUGGUGCUCUUAUCAAAAUGUACAUAAUAUUUUAAAUAUAUUUUUUACCAC